CCCUCGGUUUGUCUGCUGGCCUGCUGUCACAUUGCUCCUUUGCUAACAACACUUAUGAAGCCACUUGCUGCUACCACCAAUGGGGCUCAUACUGCUGCUAAUGUAGCAUUUCACAAAGAAGCUUACCUGCUAACACUCAAAUUCAGCGUUUUGCUUUGUGGAGUAGCAAGUUAAUCUAGCAAAAUGAUACCAUCCUUCCUGCUGGUGUUCAGCAUGUCCAUUUCAAACCAGGUGCUGCCACUGUGUCAUCUAUGAAACCAUGGCAACUCUUCCUAAAAAUGUUGUGCUUCACAUUUAAUGAAGAUGUCAGUUGAUUUUGGUGGAAAGUCGACUCUGAAGGUGAGGAGGACUACUUUACAGACUCUGCUUCACGAUGGCGACAGGAGUAGCAGCAUGGCUCCCUUUUGCCAGAGCAGCAGCCAUUGGCUGGAUGCCUGUUGCCAACUGCCCCAUGCCAGUUGCACCAAUAGACAACAGUAAGAGACAGGAUGAGCUUAUCAUCCUCAAUGUCAGCGGCCGUCGUUUCCAGACCUGGAGAACCACUUUGGACCGCUACCCUGACACCCUGCUGGGCAGCUCUGAGAAAGACUUCUUUUACAAUGAGGAAAGCAAGGAGUACUUCUUUGACCGGGAUCCUGAUGCCUUCAGAAGCAUCCUCAAUUUCUACCGGACAGGGAAGCUCCACUACCCCCGCCACGAGUGUAUCUCCGCCUACGAUGAGGAGUUGACCUUCUUCGGCAUCAUCCCUGAGAUCAUCGGUGACUGCUGCUAUGAAGAGUACAAGGACAGAAAAAGGGAGAAUUUAGAGCGGCUGCAGGAUGAUCAGGAGGAGAACAAGGACCAAAAGCCGCCCAACAUGAACUUCAGGGAGACCAUGUGGCGGGCCUUUGAGAACCCCCACACUUCCACCAUGGCCCUGGUCUUUUACUAUGUCACUGGUUUCUUCAUCGCCAUCUCAGUCAUCACUAAUGUGGUGGAGACGGUGCCCUGUGGUUCCACCGCCAACCAGAAAGACAUGCCAUGUGGCGAGCGCUACACAGUGGCGUUCUUCUGCAUGGACACAGCCUGCGUCAUGAUAUUCACAGUGGAGUACCUGAUGCGCCUGUUUGCUGCACCUAGCCGUUACCGUUUCAUGCGUUCAGUGAUGAGCAUCAUCGAUGUGGUGGCCAUCUUGCCGUACUACAUUGGACUGGUCAUGACCAACAACGAGGACGUGAGUGGUGCUUUUGUGACGCUGCGUGUGUUUCGAGUGUUCCGCAUCUUCAAGUUCUCCCGUCACUCGCAAGGCCUGCGGAUCCUGGGUUAUACACUCAAGAGUUGUGCGUCAGAGCUUGGCUUCCUCCUCUUCUCGCUCACCAUGGCCAUCAUCAUCUUCGCCACGGUCAUGUUCUACGCAGAGAAGGGCUCCAGCUCCAGCAAGUUCACCAGCAUCCCAGCUUCCUUCUGGUACACUAUUGUCACCAUGACGACACUGGGAUACGGAGACAUGGUGCCAAAGACGAUUGCAGGGAAGAUCUUCGGCUCUAUCUGCUCCCUGAGCGGCGUGCUGGUGAUAGCUCUGCCCGUCCCCGUUAUCGUCUCCAACUUCAGUCGCAUCUACCACCAGAACCAGAGAGCAGACAAGCGGCGUGCUCAGAAGGUAAAUAAAGCCAGACUGGCCAGGAUAAGAAUAUCCAAGUCCGGCAGCGGCAACACCUUCCUCCAGAGCAAGCACAACGGACUGCUCAACGACCUGCUUGAGCUGACGGAUACAGAAGAGGAUGAGCAGAAGCUGAUUAAGUCCCUCUCUCUGUUAGAGAGCCAACACCACCAUCUACUGCAAUGUCUGGAGAAAACCACUGCUCAUGAGUUUGUGGAUGAACAGAUGUACGAGCAGAACUGUUUAGAAACCGCGCUACAGACCUACCCAUCCCGCAGCCCCUCUAUGUUGAGUCAUGACAGCACUGCGGGUACCUGCUGUGGCCACAUGGUAAAAAGAAACACUCCUCUGCCCAAUGCCAGCGUGCCGUCCACACACCAGGGCCCCCUGCAGGAGCUCAGUGCCAUCCACAUACAGUGUGGUGACCCACCAUCACACACCGCCAGUCGUUCGAACCUUAACCUGAAAACCGAUAACAGCGGCAGGAUCAAUUGCAAAGGCGGCCGGAUCACCACAGCCAUCAUCAGCCUUCCAACGCCCCCGGCUUUGACCCCUGAUGGCGAUGGCCUCCACAGGCCCCCACAGAGGAGGCCACCCCCACCCCCGGGUCACCCUGCAACGCCGAGCAUCCAGACCACAACAAGCUCAGCUGGCAUUAACAUCGUCAAAGUGUCUGCUCUGUGACUCUCUGGGUGACGGGUGGAAUCUCAGUUCAGCAGGAGGAAAGAAGGGAGGAAGGAGAGGAGGAGAAGGAGGCGAAGCAGGUUACACUACCUUUUUGGACACAUCGUGUCCCGUCUCAACAAGAAGAGUGCUGUUCUCCAGAGGAGUCACCAGAUGGUGUUUUAGAAAAAGCUGAUGGUGUGGAGAUUUUACUGAGGGUAGAGGAUUAUAGAUAUGUGAACCAGAGAAUCACGCACUCGUCAUGCCGUGUAUGUGCUGUAGAUACGGACAGAAUCGCUGCAUUUCUAAUAGUUUCUAACAGCAGUACAGAUGUUUUACAGCAAGUACUGUGGAAAAGAUUGACAGACAUUGUGCAAAUUAGCAUAUCCCUACAUCAGCAGAUGCCGUCCACAAAUUCACAGUAGAUAUGAAAGUGAAUUCACAGUGAAAUAGUGAAAAGAAUAUUUUGUUGACUUUAAAUUAGUUUGAAGAAAAGUGUUGACUGUGUUUCCUUAAAUUUGAUUGGUCUUGUUCGUGUUAUGUGUUGUUUGUCUUAAGUAUUUUGAGGAAAAAACAACUGAAAACAGUUUGUUUUCUUUACAGUAUCGUUUGAAAUGUCCCGGCAACCGAUGCUGCAAAUAUCGUAUCGCUGAAAUGUGAGUUUAAUGUGUGAAUCAGUGUGAAUGUUGUGAAUGUUUUUUAGUUGGAAAAUUGUCAAAGACUCAAACCAAACUGUGCUUUUUAGUUGCUUCAUGUUUAAAUUUCUGACUAGAGACUGACCUGACACUGUCUUCAUGACCUUAUAGGUUUUCAUAAUGAGGUGAGCAAAGUGAUUCAUCAACCCCCUCGAGCUGACCUCAUUAGGCACCAUUUGUUCCUACUGAAGAACUGUUUUUUUUAGGCUUGUUUGGGACUAUUUUCAGCCAUGGAUGAAUACAUUUUUAAAGUGACAGCAGCAGGACAGUGCAUAUGGGAAAAUAUGUUCGCUCUAAUGAAAAAAAUGUCAUCCAGAGCAACUGUGUAGCUCAUUGCUGUGUUUUUAAUGGAGCUGUUUGGCUCAUAGGAAUAAGCUAUAUCAGGCUUUGGCCACACAAAAAUACUUGUUAGUAGGAUCGAUUCAUUGCUCAUUUUGGUCUUUUCUUGGGAUUUGUGGACCAUAGGAAAAAUACAGAAUUUCACAAGUCUUAUCCCUUAAAGUAAUGACCUCCAUACAGUAUUUUCACUAUGGGUAAAUUAUCCUGUUUAUAUAAAUGUGAUUGGUGCUUUUUGUCCUGUGGAAUAAUUAAAAGCUGAAAACUGUUAUGUUGCCUCCACUCGCCGAGUAUUGUAGGCUGAGACGGAAAAAAUACAAAAACGAUAAUGUGUGCAUUCAUCAUGAGCAUCUAUGGGGAUUUUAGCACCACUGUCGUAUCAAACAACCACUUAGAACAUUACAGCGAUGGGGCCAAUUCAUGUUCAGUACAGCAUGGUCAAAUUAAAAAUGAAAUCGGAGUCAACAAGGGUAAAAUAUGCAAAUAUAGAAAUGGUUUGGGGGCAUCCAGUCACUCUUGUUUUUUCUGGAAAACUUAUUUUGUCAUUUCCUCUAACUCCUGUCUUUUUUCUUAGUUUCUCUGCUUUGUUACAGAAACUUUUAUGUCUUGAGUUGAACAAUAAACAGGAGUUAUUUCACAGCUGUCCAUGAGCUGGCUGUAAGUUGAAAAUAUGUUUUCCCUUUGAAACAAUUAUGACAGGUGUCUGACAGCCAAACACACAUUUUAAAUGUAUUUUAAACCUUUACAUUUGUAAAGAAUGUUCAGAGAUCACACAAUAGGAAUACACUACUCUGACAGAGUCAAGGUCCUCCUGAAUAAUCUCAAAGAUGGUCACAAGAUGGCAGCAAAGAUGCAUUCUGACAAUGAAUUAAAUAACAUCCCUCUGGUUAAUGGCCUUACUCCUCCAUUAAUGUAUUAUUUAUAUACCGGCUGCACAUUGUUACUCAUUUGAAGUUGAUAGACGCCUGGUGUUUGGAAUAGUUUGUGACUACUUGCCAAGUGUGUUAUCUGUAUUUUAAAAAAAACUGUGUUUAUUUGUCUUUUAGUUUGUUGGUUUUGCUUAAGUGGAAACUAUGAUUUAACUUCAUGUGUUCUUCGAUAAUGAAGUACCAAGUGACAUUGUUUUUUGCUGUAUCUGUUUAUUUUGUGUUGCAUUUCUAUAUUUUGUCAUGUUCCUUAUGCUGCUAAUAUUAAAAAAAAUAUAUAUCACAAGAUAAUUUUUUAAUUUUAGAUAAUUUUCCUUCUUAUUGUUAAUGCAGAAAAUAAUGAAUGUCCGCUCAGCCUUGGUGUUCAUAACUUGGAUCUUACCACGGAUCCAGUAUCCUCACAUUAGGGCUUUUUUUGCAGUAUCAUAGAUCACCAUCAUGCUUCAAAAACAGAAACACCCGCGUGACUACUGUAUGAUGAUUACUUGUUGUCAUUACAGUAUUUGACGGACUUGAUUCAAAAGGCAUUGUGGGGGUCACUUUUUUAAAAGUCUUGGCGUUGCUGUUUGUGUUGUUUCUUAUCUUUUUAUCCUUUUGAACUGAGCUCUUCUGUCUGUUUGCUGUGUUUACAGUAUGCUGUCAGUUUAUUUGUAUGUUAGAUAAGUGUCAGAUAAAAAUAUUAAUCUGUCACAACAAUCAAGUGUCGUCCUUCUCGGUCCUGUCACCAACUUGGAAAUAUUUGAAAUAUAUAUUUAUCUUCAGUUA